CAUGUCUGAAAAACACGAUAUGGCUGAGAUUGAGAAAUUUGAUAAGUUGAAAUUGAAGAAAACAGAAACACAAGAUAAAAAUCCACCGCCUUCAAAGGAAACGAUUGCGCAGGAGAAGCAGGCAGGCAAAAUGUAAUGAGGCGCACACUACCAACAAGCACUGUACAUUCCACAAGC